CCGUGCUCCUCUAGAGCUGAGCAUGGGCGAUCCCCUUUAGCGGCCGACUAGCCAGCCCUUGUGAUCCGCUCGCCUGCCUCUGCCUGCCUGCCUCCCACCGCUGCAUCUUUUCCUCGUCGACAGCCAAGAACUUCAGGAACAACUGCAGCCAUGGCCACCUCUGCAAGUUCCCAUUUGAGCAAAACAAUAAAACAAAUGUACAUGAAGCUGCCUCAAGGGGACAAGGUGCAAGCUAUGUACAUAUGGAUUGAUGGGACUGGUGAAUUCCUGCGUUGUAAAACCCGGACAUUGGAACGUGAGCCCAAGAAUGUUGAAGAUCUACCAGAGUGGAAUUUUGAUGGCUCCAGCACUCUCCAGUCUGAAGGCUCGAACAGUGACAUGUAUCUUGUGCCUUCGGCCAUGUUUCGAGAUCCUUUCCGCAAAGAUCCAAACAAACUGGUUUUAUGUGAAGUUUUAAAGUACAACCGCAAGCCCGCAGAAACAAAUCUAAGAAAUACUUGUAAAAGGAUUAUGGACAUGGUGUCUAACCAGAGCCCUUGGUUUGGAAUGGAGCAAGAAUAUACCCUUCUAGGAACAGAUGGACAUCCCUUUGGUUGGCCUUCCAAUGGCUUUCCUGGACCACAAGGACCAUACUACUGUGGAGUUGGAGCAGACAAAGCUUAUGGCCGAGACAUUGUAGAAGCCCAUUAUCGUGCCUGCCUAUAUGCAGGUGUGAACAUUGGAGGCACAAAUGCAGAAGUUAUGCCAGCACAGUGGGAAUUCCAGGUGGGUCCUUGUGAAGGUAUUGAGAUGGGUGAUCACCUCUGGAUUGCACGAUUCAUCCUUCAUCGAGUAUGUGAAGACUUCGGCGUCAUUGUAUCUUUCGACCCAAAGCCCAUUCCUGGGAACUGGAAUGGGGCUGGAUGCCAUACUAACUUCAGCACUAAGGGCAUGCGAGAAGAUGGAGGCCUCAAGCAAAUUGAAGAAGCCAUUGAGAAGCUUGGUAAGCGUCACCAGUACCACAUCCGCGCCUAUGAUCCCAAAGGAGGGCUGGAUAAUGCCAGGCGCUUGACUGGUUUCCACGAAACAUCAAACAUCCAUGAGUUCUCUGCUGGAGUAGCCAACCGUGGGGCCAGCAUUCGUAUCCCAAGAAAUGUGGGCCAGGUGAAGAAGGGCUACUUUGAGGAUCGACGGCCCUCUGCUAACUGUGACCCAUAUGCUGUGACCGAAGCACUAGUCCGCACUUGUCUUCUCAGUGAAACUGGGGAUGAGCCCUUUGAGUACAAGAACUAAGUGGGCUCGUCCCACGUGCUCCCAUUCCCUUCUUCUGUAUUUUCUCUCUUCUAGAUAUUAAUUGUGAGGGCGUGAGAUACCAUGUUUGUGCUCCCUCUCCUAAAGCUUACCCUUUGUUUCUUUGUGUGGGAGGGGGAAGUCUAGUCUCUUUCACUGUUUGUUCUGUCAUUUGAGGGGCAAAGAAGACAAGUGGGAUUUUACCACUAUUUCAUGUAAUUCAUCUGUAUGUCUUGAGAGGGUUUUGGUAGCUUCCAGGAAUAGAUGGCAAAGUUGAGACCUGGGUUGUGGAGAGGAAGAUAGAAGAAGUAUAUUGUUGGGGUCUAAUUGUUCUCCCUCCCUGGAUUUGCCCUUCAUGGGCUAUGUUGGAAUGAGGAAAAGGGCAAUUGGGUGUCAUUCAUUCUCUUUGGUAAAAUGAAUUUGGCAGCCCAUCACCAUUCAGUCUGGGGUGCUGGGACACAAUGCAGAUCCACAAGCAAGUGGAAGUCCACAAGGGCAGGAAGCCGUCUUGAUACCUUUUCCUGGGACUCCUAGAGUAUUCCUACAUGCAGACUUUUUCCUGCCAGAGUUAGAACCAUUCUUAGGUCUUCUUAAGGUCUUUGGUCACUGUUCCCUUCUUGGGAUUAAAAGUUGUAGGUUUUAUUUUAAAAAGCUGCUGAACACUUCUAUCUGUUCUUGGAAGCUAAUUGAUUUUUUGUUUCUAACAAAGUGAAAUAGUCUUUUUAUAUAUAUUUAAAUGUCUAAAAACACCUACAAAAAUUGUUGUCUUUUUUUAAAGGUCCACUAAAUCAGCUCUUUGAAGAAGGGCUGAGAUUGCUGCAAGGGUCUGUUGGUUAAGGCUCAUAGGUGAAAUGGGAAAGCAGUGUGCUGUCGUGUUCAAGAACAAGUUUGAUGGUUUGUUACACACAAGAGGCUGUCCGUUUACAGGCUUAUAAGUUAAAAUAGGCAUUAAUUUUUAAUUUAAACUAAAGCUGCUGGCUGUCUAAGCUGAGCUGCGUGCGGCUGGCUGCAGCUUGUGCUUCAAAUGAAGAGUUGACUGGUCAACUUUAACCAUAUUAUUGACAAAUAAUUGGCAGGGAAUGGAGGGUGUUAAAAUUCCCGGUAGGAUUGGCAUGUCAAUUAAAGCAGGGCUUUCCAUAAAGAAGGCAAAAGCACAGGAGGGGAUGGGAAAUGGAUUUUUAGAGAUUUUAAAUAACACAUUUUUAGGAGUUUCUCAAGUUGUACAGUUAUUCGGAGACCACUGCUAUUCCAGUAGGUACAUCCUGGCACUCAAACAUACCUGCCACUUCUGCCAGGGAGUUGUUAAUAAGCAUAGUUGACCUCAGAGGAAAUGCUAGUGGUGCAAGUGUUUUGGGACUUUGUACUUCGGUGUCUUGGAUGGUGCCAAUCAGUUUCUGCCGCAUUUGGACUUGAGAAUGGGAGGGGGGAUUUGUAAUAAAAUAAUUAAAUCCA